AUGGAUGGCAACUUGAUCGGCCGCUUUGGCGAUCACGACCUCGACCCCAACCCCGACCUUACCAUGGCUCCAGACGAUCUCGUGGCAUGUAUCGUAUGCGGAGACCAAGUAGCAAACAGCAUGGCGCGAGCCUUCUCCUGCGGCCACCACAUGUGCAAGGCCGACAUGGAGCAAGCCGUGCGCCUGGCGCUCACCGACCGCACGGUCUGGCCGCCGCGCUGCUGUUCGGGUUUUUAUGGUGCUGCUUUUGGUUCGGGUUUUACCGAGGAUGACGUCGCAUGGCUGGAAGACGAAGACUUGCUAUCCCGAUUCCGCGAGGCAAAUGCUGAGCGCACGGCGCGGGACCCGACUUACUGCACCAGCCCGCGAUGCAGCACGUUCCUGGAUAACGAGCAAGCGGAGCCUGACGGCAAGAUCAAGUGCGAGAAGUGCGGCAUCAAGACUUGUAUGAAGUGCAAAUGCACACACGGCGAGGACGACGAACAGUGCAGACCUGAGAGACUGGAUGCGGACCUCGAGGCUGCGGUGGCGGAGGGGGAGUGGCAGCGCUGCCCGAAUUGUCGACGCAUGGUCUGCCUCAGGGAUGGAUGCCAUCAUAUUCGGUGCAUUUGCGGUACCGACUUCUGCUACGUAUGCGGCAUGCGCUGGCGGAGCUGCGCCUGCGCCCAGUACCCCCUGGACCCAAACCGAGACCGCCCGGGCAACAACCAGGAGGAACAGCGAGGCGCACUCCCCGACGACUUUCCCUAUGGGCCCGAACUCCUCGAUCAGCAGCGCCGAGAACACGCGCGACGAGCCGCUGAGCAAUUCCCUUGGCUCGAUCCUCCUCCAUUCAGAGGCAUUGGAUACGACCGACGUGGCGGCCGAUGGGAGGACUUUGAAGAAGAGGAGCAGGAGCAGGAUGAUCUGUUUGGCGGCCGCGCAGAGAAUCGAUUUCGUGCGCAAAGGCUGCCGUUUCGUCGGCGCGUAGAGCCCUCCGUGCUGGGUCAAGGGCGGGGAGCCGAGAACGACGCCGGAUUUCGCUUUGGUGAUGCAGCGGCCGGCUCUGGUCGUAGUCGUGGACCACCGGUAGGGCGAGGGCGAGCGCGAGCACGAGGACUAGGACUAGGAUUAGGGCGAGGAGGACAGGUGAUGACGGGAACUGCGUUGAGAAUACACGACCAUGAUCAAGAGUACCACACACGACAGUUCCUUCAGCACCUCCCACCGCCGCAGCCGCAGGCAGUAUUGGGCACAGAUCCACGACAAGCCAGGUUUCUUCCGGGGCAGGGAAACAGGGCGCAUUGGAUGCGACCACCGGUGCUCGGCGGGCAGUUUGGAACGGCGAACCUUGCUCGUCCCCCUCCCGCUCCUGUCGUUCGAGGUCCUCCUUUCGCAGAUCACGUGCACAGAGACCGGUACAUCGGAGAUAACCAGCACCAUGGCCACCACGCCGGCCAGGGCGUUGCCGAAGACCAUGAGGAGGUGUUCGUUCAGACGCCCGCGGCUCGCUUGCCCAUGGAAACGGAGUCGCGACACCACCCAUUGUGGCGAAUGCGGCAACUGUGGCUACAGCAGGGGCAACAAGAGCAGGAGUGGCAGGAGCAAGAGCAGCUGGAGCUGCUGGAGCAAGGGCGCCGGCAGGAGCAACGGCGAGAAGAUGGGCGGCAACAGCAGCAAGAGCAGGAGUAUCGAGAGCGGCUGGAGCGGCUGGAGCGGCUGGAGCGGCUGGAGCGGCUGGAGCGGCUGGAGCGGCUGGAGCAAGAGCAGCUGGAGCGGGAGUACCAAGGGCAGCUGGAGCGAGAGCAGCAGGAGCAGCAAGAAUAG